CUUUUAAAAUAGAUGAGAGGUGAAGAAGUGGGGGAAAUGCACGCCAUAUCUCUGGAUGCUUGGAUCGCUGUCAGUCGUGCGGUGGUUCAAGGAGGAGACGAGUAGUGAACCGCGUUAAGGUGUCCAAUCGCCAUUUGAGGCUGGACCUGCACGGGAGACAAGUGGACUUCAUUAAUAUCUUCGCAACUGUGAGGGGGAAUCUCGAAUACACGCUGCGUUGUCAUAUUAGGGGAAUUUCUUUCUCUGAGAGCGGUGAUAUAUAGGCUGCUGUGACGUCUGCAUCAGAUAUUACCCAUUUGCUUACUGCUUCCCCCCCCCCCCCCCGCCUCCCCCGUUCCUCCCGAAUGUGCAUUUUCCCCUCAGUGACUUUGCGCUGAUCUCCAUCAUCAUCUGCAGCAGCGACAAGAGGGGGCAAGCGGGGAAUGAAGAUUUCAUUUUUCUUUUUUUGAGUCCACCGCUCCCAGCUCAAAGAAAUAAAGGUUGAACGACAGCACGUCUGGUUCCCGUGUAGCACCGCUGCCGCAGCUGCAAACAUGCCUCUUGUGCACACUUGGACCGGGAAAUUUCAUCCACCGAUUUGAGACUACUUUCUGUCUGUUUUCUCGACAUUCUUGGCAUCGCGUUUUGGCAUUUUUUUUUUUUUUAUAUUUAGUGCGUGCGGUUGUUUUUGAGCAAGAUGUCCGAUCUGUUGGUGUUGGUCGAGGGGCUCUGCGACCUGCACGGAUUUCCAUAGCGGGGGCCAAUUAUUAAGAUUUUUGACACCGAGAAGCCUGCUUGAAGACGUCGCAUGCGUAGAUGUAGGCUAGUUUACUCGACAUUGAACCCCCAUUGCCCGUUUUUUAGUUUGUGCAUUUACCGGAGGGACCACUGGACUGGUUGGAUUAUAGAUACUAGAAAUAAGGAUUUGUGGAGAUGUUGGGUCGUCAAGAAGAUAAAUUAUGUGGAAUUUUCUCUGCUCUGGCGGCUUUGUCCUUCGCAUGCUUUAUUCAAAGCUCCACUGGAAGCACCGGAAUGUCUGUGGCCAAGACUACCGUGGACAAGUUGCUGAAGGGAUAUGACAUCCGUUUAAGGCCUGAUUUUGGAGGUGCUCCGGUCAUAGUUGGGAUGAGUAUCAACAUAGCAAGCAUCGAUUCCAUCUCGGAAGUUAACAUGGACUAUACCAUCACAAUGUAUUUCCAGCAAAGUUGGCGAGAUAAACGUUUGGCCUAUGGUGAACUGAACCUCAACCUGACUCUGGAUAACCGUGUCGCAGAUCAGCUUUGGCUCCCGGAUACCUACUUCCUGAAUGACAAGAAGUCAUUUCUUCAUGGAGUGACGGUUAAAAACCGUAUGAUCCGACUUCACCCCGACGGGACCGUCUUGUACGGACUGAGAAUAACCACCACGGCUGCUUGUAUGAUGGACUUGAGGCGAUACCCUCUCGAUGAACAGAACUGCACCUUGGAAAUUGAAAGUUACGGAUACACCACAGAUGACAUUGUGUUCUUCUGGCAAGGAGGGGACAGCGCUGUGACAGGUGUGGACAAGUUAGAGUUACCUCAGUUCUCCAUCGUGGACAUCCGCUUGGUCUCCAAGGAAGUACGGUUUACUACCGGUUCAUAUCCGAGGCUUUCGCUGAGUUUCAGAAUUAAGAGGAACAUUGGAUAUUUCAUCUUGCAGACAUAUAUGCCCUCCAUCUUGAUCACCAUUCUAUCCUGGGUCUCCUUUUGGAUCAAUUAUGAUGCCUCUGCAGCUCGGGUGGCCCUGGGUGUGACAACGGUGCUCACCAUGACAACAAUUAACACCCACCUUAGGGAGACUCUCCCAAAGAUCCCCUACGUGAAAGCCAUCGACGUCUACCUCAUGGGCUGUUUUGUGUUUGUGUUCCUGGCCCUGCUCGAAUAUGCCUUUGUAAAUUAUGUGUUCUUUGGCCGGGGCCCGGCACAACAGAAGAAAAUCAAUGAAAGGCUGAAUAAAGUCAACAAUGAGCGCACACGAUACGAAGAGAAGCGCCUAAGGGAACAGGACUCCAUUUCCGUGCCGUUUCAAACCAACACCUUCAGAUCAUUUACACAGAGAAGAAAUCUGUAUCUCGAGGAACAAAGAAAAGUUGGGGUGGAUGCGUAUGGCAACAUUCUCCUCACCACUCUGGAAAUGAACAACGAGGUGAUGCCCUCUGACGUGGGAAGCAGCGUUAGUGACUCUCGGAAUUCAGUCAUGUCCUUUGACAGCUCUGGGGUCCAAUUCAGGAAGCCAAUGGCGCCCCGAGAUGGCUUCAGCCACCACUCGCUGGAUCGGAGCGCCAUGCGCAGCCGGGCCAACUGCCGACUACGGCGGCGCUCGUCCAAGCUCAAGUUGAAAAUCCCAAACCUGUCAGAUGUAAGCACCAUUGACAAGUGGUCCCGGGUCAUAUUCCCGAUCACUUUUGGAUUUUUCAACCUAAUCUACUGGUUGUACUAUGUGAAUUGAUGUGCAUCCCACUAGGAAUCAUUGGCCAUAUUUUGAGAGCACAUUAAAUUGGCUUUGAUACAGUUCCAAAAUAUGUAUACACAUACAGGUUGAACAUAUGUAUAUGCAUAUUUCUAUACAGUAUAUUAUAUUUAUAUAUACACAGACACACACACAUGCACACACACACGCACACACACACACGCACAUGCAUACACAUGAGACCUAAAAGACUUGUCUGCUGUACAAAGUAUUAAUAGGAUGACUUGAAUGUUAAAAAAAAAAAAAAAAAAAUUGCGAGAAGAAUUUCAAGGCUUUGACUUCCUUUUUCCUCCUGAAACAAACAAAUGAACAAACGCAAGAUCCCCGCAGGGAUUUUUGGAACUAGAGACUGCAUGAUAUUUUUGCUACUAAAAAUGGGAAAAAGAAGAAGAAGGAAAAAAAAAAAGAGAAGCAAAAGCUCUUGAGAGAGAGAAGAUGCCCCCAUUGACUUUUUAUUGAUUCUUCUUGUAAUCAGAAAUCCUCUACUGCAGCUCAUGAAAUCAGUGGUGGCUUGUCCGGUCAGGCAUCAGCUGAGCAAGGUCCUUGAACACCUCCCCAGUCCUCUCACCUUCUCCCCCCCCCCAUGUAGCCCAUGAAUACAAAGUGCACGAAAAAUCUCCGGUUCCACCAUGUACAGUGACCCUGUUUGGAAUAUGUGUCGUUCUUUUUUUAUUUUGAUUAUUAUUUUUUUAAAAUAUUUUAUUUGAAGUGGUAGCGUUCUCUUGAUCGGACACCAAUCACACGAUGUUUGGUCGCCACAAUUGUGCAUUAGAGUCAGCGUAAACUUACAGAUUCUCUUUUCAGGUGAUGGGAGGGCGGCGGGGUCUACUUUUUGUUAUGGUUUAAAACAAGUGCUGAUUAUUGUAGAUAUGAUUUUGUCUUGAAAAAUACUGUGAUUUCAGAGUGUCGGAAAAAUGCUCUAUAGCUAGGGCAUUACGAGAUAAAAAGUUUCACAUUACUCAUUUUGAUUGUUUGGGGUGGGGGGAAAACACAUUGUGUACAUUUUAUCAUUAAGUAUUAACAUGAAAGUAUAUUUGUAUUGUUUAUUUUCUCUUGUUGACUGAGUUCUAUGCUCUUUAGAUGCAGCGUUUAUGGACGUCAUUCCUGCUUUGUGAAAAAGGAAAUGGGACGGGAGGGGGGCUGGGCGGGAGUGAUGUGUUGCUUUUUGUGAUUCGUGGGAACCAAUCCACAGUUAAAAAAAAAAAAAAAAAAAAUACGAUUAUGUAUAUUCGACAGUCAACAUAUCAAACCACAGUUUUGUUAUGUAUUUUUCAUGGUUUAUUUGUAUGUUCAGCAUCUCCUCAUGAUCCGAUUUGUUGGAGAGCGACAUAACUAGAAGAGUCAAAGGAACUACAAACGCACACGUAUAACACCGAGCUGAAGUGAAAUAGUGCCGGGGAAUCGCUUCAAAUCGAAACGACAACCAAAAGUAGGCCUGCAUUAUUUCGUUGUGCUUUGCGAUGCAAAAUGUAGCCUCUGAGUUUGAUUUAGAUUGCAAAAUCUGAACUGUCAUUCUUGUCUGGUCACCCCACCCCC